AUGGGAAAGAUAACCCCUUCGCUUUCGAUUCUUGCUGUCGGUUCUGGUCUCAGGUCUGAAGACUCCGAGCUGGCGUUGAUUGUACAUCGUUCUACGCGUGCAAUCGACAAUGCAAGGUUACUUAUAUUGUGGCAUAGGCUUUUCUCUCGUUUAGCCUCAAAAUUAGCGCGAUCUAGAUUGACUGAUAGCUCUUCAUUCUACCAACAACCCACCAUGGCCACUGAAGAAACUACCUACGACAUCAUCUUCGCCGGUAGCGGAGCAGCCGCAUGCGUUACAGCGGGACGACUCGCAGCUGCCGACCCCACUCUCAAGAUCCUUGUCCUCGAAGCCGGUGCCCACACCCGCGACCUGGACCACCACGUCCGGCCAGGAAAUUAUUUCAGCAAUUUGCUCGUUCCCCGGGACGUGUUCUCCUUCCACCUCGGUCAGGGUGGGAAGGGCACCAAUGGCCGCACGCACAUCGUUCCGACUGGCCGUGCAUUGGGGGGCGGGUCCGCCGUAAACUUCGUCAUGUAUGUAAGGCCAGCCGCAUCUGAUUACGACGACUGGGAAAACGUACAUCGUAACAAAGGGUGGGGUUCGAAGGACCUUAUUCCCCUCCUGCGCAAGGCGGAGACCUAUCAGCCCGAUCCUUCUGCGCCCACCCACGGGUUCAACGGGCCACUUAAAAUAUCUUUCGCCCAAGAUAGUCACAACGUCUCUGAUGAGGCUCUCCGUGUUGCCCAAGCAUACGAGAAGGAAUACAAGGCCGUCGACGAUUUCAGUAACUUCAGCGGGGAUUCGAUCAAUGGCUGGACGAGGCUUCCGAGGUGGAUAGAUGCCAAGACUGGAAGGCGCUCAGACACCGCCCACUACUAUAUUUACAACCAAGAUCACAACAAGAACCUAGAGGUUCAAACGAGGCGAAAAGUCGCGCGCGUUAUCUUCGAAGGUAACCGUGCUGUGGGAGUUGAGCACGUCGACGACGUUGUUGGGAGAAGCAAAGGGGUACCAGAGAGUCGUAUCUCGAGGGCAUCGCGUCUUGUGGUCCUCUCCGCUGGAGCGUUUGGAUCGCCUGCGAUUCUCGAACGCUCGGGUAUUGGGGCAGCAAGCGUGUUGGAGAAGUGUGGGAUAAAGCAACUUGUCGACCUUCCAGGAGUUGGAGACAAGUAUACGGACCACAACGUCGUCUUCGUCCCGUAUCAUGCGUCCGAAGAUGCCGAAACCAUGGAUUCUCUUUUCCGCGCAACGCCAGAGGAAGCGAAAGUUCAUUCGAAACAAUGGCUGGAGUUCGGCAGCGGUCUUCUCGCAAACAAUGGCAUCAACAGCGGUAUCAAGCUUCGGCCAACCGAGGAGGACCUAAAGUCGAUGUCGCCUGAAUUCGACGACAGAUGGGCGACCUUCUUUGCAAACACACCGGACAAGCCAGUCAUGGUUUUGGCCAACUUAUCAGGGUACUUUGGUGCUAAUCCUGCCGUUCCUCGAGGAAAUCAUUUGACUGCUGGUUACUACUCGUGCUAUCCUAUUUCGACUGGACAUGUCCAUAUCACCUCUGCCACCGAUCUCUAUUCUCAUAUGGACUUUAAGCCGGGUUUCCUCGAACAUCCGGCCGAUGUGGCCAUUUUGCGCUGGACCUACAAGCGCAGCCGCGAGCUUACACGUCGCAUGAAGUACUAUCGAGGCGAAGUCGAAAUAUGUCACCCUCAGUAUCCAGCAGGCAGCUUAGCAGCUUGCAAUCGUACCGACGGGCCUGUCGACAUCGAUGCUCCUCCUCUCGCUUAUACAAAAGAAGACGACGACGCCAUUGACGAAUAUCACAGGCAGAAUAUUGAAACCACUUGGCAUUCUAUCGGCACCUGCGCUAUGAAACCUCGGGAGAAGGGUGGAGUCGUCGAUUCUCGACUGAACGUCUAUGGAGUGCAAAAUCUCAAAGUUGCCGAUUGCAGCAUCACACCGAGCAACGUUUCCGCCAACACAUAUAGCACUGCUGUUGCCAUUGGAGAGAAGGCCGCUGUCAUCAUCGCAGAGGACCUGGGGAUCAAGGGAGUUACUGCUGGUCCCACUUGA